GCCUCCUGGAGACUUGUAGUAUCAGCCAUGGUCAAUCCCACCGUGUUCUUCGACAUUGCCAUCGUCGGCGAGCCCUUGGGCUGCAUCUCUUUCGAGCUGUUUGAAGACAGGUUUCCAAAGACAGCAGAAAACGUUUGUGCUCUGAGCACUGGAGAGAAAGGAUUUGGUUAUAAGGGUUCCUGCUUUCACAGACUUAUUCCAGGGUUUAUGUGUCAGGGUGGUGACUUCACACACCAUAAUGGCACUGGUAGCAAGUCCAUCUAUGGGGAGAAAUUUGAUGAUGAGAACUUCAUCCUAAAGGACACAGGUCCUGGCAUCUUGUCCAUGGCACAUGCUGGACCCAACAUAAACGGUUUCCAGUUUUUCAUCUGCACUGUCAAGACUGAGUGGUUGGAUGGCAAGCAUGUGGUCCUUGGCAAGGUGAAAGAAGGCAUGAAUAUUGUGGAGACCAUGGAGUGCUUUGGGUCCAGGAAUGGCAAGACCAGCAAGAAGAUCACCAUUCCUGACUGUGGACAACUCGAUUAA